AAACAUCUCCUCCUAUGAGAUCCUGCAGAUGGACUUUGAGAUUGACAACAGCAGCAGCCUGACAGGAGCCCAGCAAAUCACCUGGCAGGUGGAAUAUCCUCGCGAUGACUCCUUGAGCGAACUCGUGGUCUCCGAGAUCUUCGUCAGCCGAACUAUGUUUGUGGGAAUAGUCCCUCUUGCAAUGGACACCGAAGUCCUCAACACGGCCAUCCUGACGGGCAAAACGGUGUCUGUUCCAGUCAAAGUUGUUGCCGUGCAGGAGGAUGGAGCAGUGGUUGAUGUUUCCGAGUCCACUGAGUGCAAGUCAGCAGACGAAGACGUCAUAAAGGUUUCUAACAGAUGUGACUCCAUCUUUGUCAAUGGCAAGGAGAUGAAAAGCAAAGUGGAUACUAUAGUUAACUUCACUUACCAGCAUUUCACCACCCAAUUAGAAGUGACUGUCUGGGUUCCCCGGCUUCCCCUGCAGAUUGAGAUCUCCGAUACAGAACUGAGCCAGAUCAAAGGCUGGAGGAUACCAGUCACCUCCAACAAAAGGCCUACCCGUGACAGUGAGGAUGAAGAUGAUGAUGAGAAAAAGGGAAGAGGUUGCACUCUUCAGUAUCAGCAUGCCAUGGUGCGAGUCCUCACACAGUUUGUAGCUGAAUCCUCUGAUUUUGGAGGCCACUUGACCUAUAUGCUAGGUUCUGAGUGGCAGUUUGACAUCACUGACCUUGUGGCUGAUUUCAUGAAGGUAGAAGAACCCAAAAUUGCUAAGCUGCAAGAUGGCCGAGUUCUGGUUGGUCGUGAGCACGGCAUCACCACGGUCCAGGUUCUGUCACCUCUUUCUGAUUCCAUCUUGGCUGAGAAGACAGUGAUAGUCCUCGAUGACCGUGUAACAAUUACAGAUCUAGGAGUCCAACUAGUUUCAGGCUUGUCCGUCUCUCUGCAAAUUAGCAAAGGAAACAAGAGAGCUAUUGUUUCUACCACCUCUGCUUACGAUAUCCUUCAUACUCCAAAACAGGAAGCCAUAGUCAGUGCUUGGGUUUUGUUCAGCGAUGGAUCAGUGACACCUUUAGAUAUUUAUGACUCGAAGGAUUUCUCAGUCACCAUAACCUCACUGGAUGAGAUGGUAGUGUCUACGCACCAAAACCUUCAGUCAAAAUGGCCUAGUGUAGUAGCAGAAGGAGAUGGGCAAGGACCUCUGAUUAAAAUCGAAAUGGUCAUCAGUGAGCCAUGUCAAAAGACUAAGAGAAAGAGCAUCCUGGCUGUUGGAAAAGGAAAUGUCAAAGUGAAGUUUGGUCAAAAGGAUUCUGAUCACAAAGGAAGUACCAAUGAUAUUGAUGAAAUGGAUAGAGACUUUAAAAGCCAUGCAAGCAAUUCUAUAGAGAAGCCUGCCGAACAAGAGCGGACAAUACAAGAAUGGUCUAAAAACGGAGCCUUUGGUAAUUAUGAGGACAAUGUAAACAAAAGCACAACUGCCAAAUCUCCCAUUGAGCAGGAGUCACUGGAGGAGGACCAGCUCCAAAAUAACCCAACUGCCUUCACAGGUUUCCCAACACAAGUAGAACUACCAGAGCAAAACAAUCCGAGUGAUCUUACAUUGACUUCAAGAGGAUUAACAGAUUUGGAGAUUGGCAUGUAUGCCCUGCUCUGUGUCUUCUGCUUAGCAAUCUUGGUCUUUUUGAUUAACUGCGUCGCUUUUGCUUGGAAGUACAGGCAUAAAAGGUUUGCUGUGAGUGAGCAAGGCAACAUCCCCCAUUCCCAUGAUUGGGUCUGGCUUGGCAAUGAGGUGGAGCUGCUGGAAAACCCAGCUGACAUUUCGCUCCCAUCAGAGGAGUGCACUACCAUGAUUGACAGAGGAAUGCAGUUUGAAGAAAGCAACUUUCUUCUUAACGGAAGUUCUCAGAAGACUCUUCAUAAUCAUAUUCUCAGAUCUUCUGAGUACGGUUGUGAAAAGGAAGUUAAAAGUGAACCUAUAAAUUCUGGGCCAAAGCAGAAGCGUGUAAAGUUCACUUCAUAUACAACAAUACUGCCAGAGGAUGGAGGCCCCUAUACCAACUCAAUUUUAUUUGACAGUGACGAUAAUAUUAAAUGGGUAUGCCAAGAUAUGAAUCUUGGUGAUUCCAAGGAACUUAGGGACUAUAUGGAAAGACUGCAAGACAAUAUGUAAAACUACUUUCUUAUGUUUGUAAUCACCUUUAUGCCUUCUGUUUACGGAUGGUGGAACAGUCAGUCCAGUCAGCAAUAGGAACAAGAGAGUCCACCUUGGAAUCACUGAGCUAACCUGAUAUCGCUGAGCAGGUACAAGAGGCUGGCUGAGUUAAACUCGUUUCACCAUAAACCAGGAUGUGCCCCUAAAACAGCUACCUGUAGGUGUUGGAGGUGUCGCACGAUGGCUGUUUUUGUAUACUGCCUGGUACUAGCAAAAUGCUAAUACAACUACGCUCAGACUCAGAGGAGACUUCGUUUGUUUAUCUCUCAUGACAAAUGGUAAAUAAGAAAAGAGAGGGAUCUUUGCAUUGAUUUUUCUAGUCGUCGUCCUUUGUAAAGCACAGUGGACAUUUCUUGCUUACAGCCUGAAACAUGGCUUACAUUAAAAGGGAUCUGAAUGAAUCUAAUUUUAUUGCUUAUGCGCAAUACAGCCAAGUAGUCUUACUAUUUUUUUACACAUAUAAAAGUCUACAUGUGGUUCUUCAUAUUGUUUAUGCAUUUUAUUUGACUUAUGGAACACUAGCUAUUUUCUUUGAAGAGUUUUUUUUGGUUGUACCAAAGUGUAGUACAGUAAUAUUUAUAAUGAUUCAAGUUUUCUAUUCGUGCACAUCAGCCCACAGAGAUACCUCCCUCAUCUCUUACCAUCUUUCUCCUUUCCAUGUGGGUCUUUAAUAUUUGAAACAUAGGAAGGUGUUAGAGGUCUUACUGGAGAAGGUUUGUCUCUUUUUACAGGGAACUGUAAAUACAAUAAUAAACCCUGGAAAAUAAAAAUCAAGGCGUAGCCUUGGGUUUACUUUUGUCAUUGAUGAUCUGA